AUGGACCCGGCAGUCACUGACAGCCAGGUCCCUUCUGCAUACACCAGCAUCGGUGAAGACACCGAUGCUAGCGUAUUUAAACCCUUGUAUGUCGCAGUCAAAGCUGACCACGGCAUGCAGAGGGAGUCAUGUGGGCAGUCCUAUGUGACUGACAGAUUUCCAUACCGGAUCAUCUCUGAGAACACCUCUCUACGAUCAGAAAAGGAAGACUGUUUCCAGACGCUCUUGGCCCAAGUUGCAGAAGAAUUUUCAAGGAAACCCAAUUUCGCACAGGCCGUAUACCCUCUAUGCCUCGCUCCUGCUUUAAUAGGUGGUAUCAUUCCUGCCACUCAAGCUCAUCCAGAGGGAGCAUUCAGGAUUAGUGAGCUGAAGAGAGAAGUCUUUGAACGUCUCACAAUCUUAGAGCAGAGGGUGGAAGCUGAAGGUCGUAAAGCUAUUGACAUUGACAAGUAUAAGAAUGAAGUGAAGAAGCUGCGGGAUGAACUGGAGGAAAGAAGUAACAGCAGACUGAGCUGUCCCUGUAAAUAUUCCCGCUCUGAAGACAUCAUCCGGAUAGACCGCCGCAGAGAUGUUCCCAAUUAUCCCAAGUAUACGCUGUCUUCUGAAACCAUAGAGACCUUGAAGAAACCCACCUUUGACGUCUGGCACUGGGAAUACAAUGAGAUGCUGAGCUGUCUGGAGUUUAUGUAUCAUGACCUUGGACUUGUUCUGGAAUUCAACAUGAACCCCAUGACCCUGAAGCGCUGGCUGUUGUGCAUCCAGGAAAAUUACAGAACCAACCCGUUCCACAACUUCCGACACUGCUUCUGUGUGACGCAGAUGAUGUACGGGAUGAUUCACCUCUGCAAGCUCCAGGGCCGGCUGUCGCUUGUGGAGUUGGGGGUUCUUAUGACGGCCGCAGUGUGUCAUGAUCUUGACCACCCAGGAUACAACAACACGUACCAGAUCAACGCCCACACCGAGCUGGCGAUUCGUUACAAUGAUAUAUCUCCUCUGGAGAACCAUCACUGCGCAGUGGCAUUCCAAAUUCUGGCGCAGCCAGAAAACAACAUCUUCUCCAAUAUUUCCCCCGAGCAUUUCAAGCAGAUGCGGCAGUCUAUCAUUCGCCUGAUUUUAGCAACUGACAUGGCUCGGCACGGCGACAUCUUGGAAUCUUUUAAACAGAUUGUUUCCAAUUUUGACUUCAGUAAUGAGGAACAUGUGAAAACCCUGCAGAUGUUGCUGAUAAAAUGCUGCGAUAUCUCCAAUGAAGUGCGCCCCACAGAGGUGGCGGAGCCCUGGGUGGACUGUCUGCUUGAGGAGUAUUUCAUGCAGAGCGAUCGUGAAAAAUCUGAGGGUCUCCCCGUGACCCCAUUCAUGGACCGUGAUAAGGUCACAAAACCAAAGGCCCAGAUUGGAUUUAUUAAAUUCGUCUUGAUUCCGAUGUUUGAGACGGUCACGAAGCUUUUCCCGCAAAUAGAAGAGGUGAUGGUGUGCCCCCUGCGGGAGGCGAGGGAUCACUACGAGGAGCUCAUGCAGCUGGAAGAGGCAAUGGCAGAGGUCCAGCAGAAGAAGGCAGAGAUCCUGUCUGGCGGAGGCAAGGCGAAGCGGAACAUAGAAACCUUGUAGCUGUGUAUAAUUUACUUUUCCAUGUGCAAUAAAAUGUGUAAACCUGG